GCUCGUGUUACUGUGCAGCAGUGUAUGAAGCCGUCAAGCCUCCUCAUUGAAAUGGCGGCGCCAAGGCAUGAGUGUUGAUUGGUUAUAACCCGUCGCCUCGUCUGCCAUUUUGACAGCCAUCUCCUUUUAUUCUAAUUGAAGACAUUUCAGUACAUUGUUUGAAGUCUUCUUCCGAGCAAUGGACCCUCUCAGCAUUACUGCCUCUAUUGUAGGCAUUACUACGGCUGCUAUCCAGAGCGUCCAGUUCCUCGCCAAGACCGUCGACCAUAUCAAAGAGGCUCCCAAUACUGUCAAGGAUAUUGGCACCGACCUUCGAGCAGUCCAGCCCGUUCUGCAAAGUCUGGCCAAAGCAUUGCAAGGCGGAUCUGAGCAAAUCGUGUUGAGCGACCAGAUCAGGUAUGCUGUUGAGAAUACCGAUAGAGCAUGUACAGCAUUUCAGUCACGAGUGGAGCGUUGGAUGAAGCAUUCCACAGAGGACAAGUUAUUCUGGAUGGAUAGAUGGAAGGUUGGAUUGUUCGGGCUAGAGCAUAUCAAGACAUUCAGAGGGCAGCUCAGCGACUGCAAAGGCACUCUUAGCGUGGCUCUUUCCACAGCGACAAUUCUUACGACGUCCCGUCAAGAGAAUCUCAUGAAGGAGAUGAAGGAUAUAAUGCUUCAACAGAACGAGGUCGUCGUUCGGCAGCAAAUUACCCGGGCAGACGCUGAAACAGCCGAGAUAGACCGCAGUGUCCAGCAACUUACGCUGAGCAGGAGCAGCGAGCGAAGCCAUGUAUCACAACAAACCGAGGAAUCAGAACAGAGCAGACAGGUGCUUCUCCAAGAGCUCGGGAGACAGCAAGCCGCUAACAACGCCCUUAAAGAGAUGUGUGAGGAAGCUCUUUCCAAAACAAUCUAUCAGCGCACGGGUCAGAAGAUUAAAGGUGUGAAAGCAACAAACCAUAGCUCGGCCCUCACCGGAUUUAUUAACACCUCGGGGGAAGAGUUGGGAAUCGACCAAGACAUCACGGAUGUGAGUGCUGACAAUAGGAGCGUUGCAGUUGCUGGUGUCAUCAAGAACUUAGAUUUCAAGGACUUGCAUUCAGGCGGGGGUGGCCGUGACGGACUCCGCAUGUAAUGUAGAAAAGCACGUCUCUACGCCCUAGAGAUUUCAGUGCACAUAUAAGGAGCCGUUGGUUGUUUGGUGGUACGACAGCUUGUAUCACCAAGACAUGUUGAGCUUGUCCAACUUCAUAUGUGCUUGCAACAACGGCGUUCUGCCAGUGCCACUCGGCCCACCUGCUGAAGCACAGGCUUCAACUCCUAGGACCACCGCAAUCUAUUUUGUCUUCUCCUUAUCUCGUUGUGUUCCCUUUUAAUGAGUGGAGACUAGAUCUCGGCUGCCGCUUGGUCUAGGAAUCAGCGUCGGUGGACUCGAGAAGCAUGAGGACAUGGUUGCUUAGGCAGGUCUUUCAUUCGGUCGGCGGAAGGGACAACGGCGGGUUCCGUAGCUUGAGGGCGAUGUGAGUGGUGUGCCUCUGUGUUGCGAAAAUGCGUGUCGCUGUGCGUUAGACCGCAUCUCGAAGUUG